UAAGUUGGUAUGAACAUUUCCUUGACGUUGUUUAUACCGAAAGCGUGUUUGGUGCGUUUGUUUCAACUGCCAAAGAUAUUUUGAAGUGAAACCUUAGGUAAAAGUACCAUCAUUACCAUGGCGACGUCUAUGCCCAUCAACCCGAAACCAUUCCUGAACAGUCUGACUGGAAAACCUGUGAUGGUGAAGCUCAAGUGGGGCCAUGAAUAUAAAGGUUAUCUUGUAUCCGUUGAUGGGUACAUGAACCUGCAAUUGGCCAACACCGAAGAGUUUAUUGAUGGAGCUGUCACCGGUAAUUUGGGAGAAGUUCUUGUUAGGUGUAAUAAUAUACUGUAUAUCAGAGGAACUGACGAAGAAGACGAGGAAGGUGAAACACGAGACUAAUCUAGCAAUUAGUAUUAGAUUGUAAUUACAUUUCCUUUUGUAUUUAUAAAAUAAGUAAAUUUAAGUAUAAAAAAAACAAUAGUGGUUUUCUGUGUUACGCAUCCGUUGAUCCUGGUCAGUGUAUGUGGUUGUAUAACUCGACUUCAGUUUAAAUUCCUUU